AACAACUCAUCAAAAUAGGGUAAUGCAUUUAACUCUUAAAUGCUUCUGUACCUUCCAUAUAUUUCUUGUAUGGACUUCUAGUCUCUAAUUUUAAGUAUAGGUAUCAGUACUCUCCAAUUCUCAAAUCUGUUCUACACUUCAGAAUCAUGGUUGCAAAUUAUUCUAGUUCUUGUUCACCCAUAACUGCUCUAGUCAUCAUAGUCUUCUCUAUUUACCUUUCCACCUUUUCCCUAGUUGAAGCUGGUGAUAAUGGUGGUGGGUUCAGUGUUGAUAUUAUCCACCGGGAUUCAAUGCUCUCUCCAUCUUACGACCCGUCGGUGACUCAUUUCGAGCGUCAGCAGAAUGCGUUCCGGCGAUCAUUGUCCCGUGUCAACAAUUUCAAGCAGUCCUUAACCACUCCAAAUCAAGUUUCGCCGCGGGUUAUCCCUAAUGGUGGAUCAUAUCUCAUGGAAAUAUCAUUUGGUACUCCACCAAUGAAGAACCUUGCAAUUGUUGAUACAGGUAGUGAUCUUAUAUGGAUACAAUGCAAGCCUUGCCAAAACUGUUACAAGCAAAAAGCUCCUCUAUUUGAUCCUACCAAAUCUUCAACCUAUAGAGAAAUAUCAUGUAAAUCAAAACAAUGUCAAGAGCUAGGAGACAUGGCUAGAGGAUGUUCACCUAAAAGGAAUGCUUGUAAGUACUUGAGCCGUUAUGGGGAUGGAUCAUUCACUAAUGGCCUUGUUGCUAAUGAGACAUUCACAUUGGGUUCCACUAGUGGCAGAUCAGUCCCCUUACCAAACAAAAUGUUUGGUUGUGGACACAACAAUGAUGGCACCUUCGGUGAGAAAGAAAAUGGUAUAGUUGGCCUAGGAGAGAGUCAUCUAUCACUGAUUUCGCAACUGAAAUCUUCUAUUGAUGGCAUGUUCUCCUAUUGCUUGGUCCCUUUGGAAAAGGAAAAUGUUACAAGCAAAUUGUAUUUUGGUAGUCAAGCUGUUGUUUCCGGUGAUGAUGUUGUUUCCACUCCGUUAGUGUCGAAAAAUCCGGUAAUUUUCUACUAUGUGACCCUUGAAGGAAUUAGUGUUGGAAACCAGAGAUUGGAAUUCAAGAAGUCAUGGAAGGUUAAUGCUGCUGAUGAGGGAAAUACUAUCCUUGAUUCAGGUUCAACACUCACAUUUCUCCAAUCUGAACUCUAUGAUAAGGUCGAAUCGGAAGUGUCGAAAUUGAUUGGAGGUUAUCCUGUUCCUGACCCUGAAGGGUCACUUAGUUUAUGCUACAAAGCUGAUACUGAUGUCAAUGUUCCAAUCACUGUCCAUUUUUCAGGUGCUGAUUUGAAGUUGAAACAGAUGAAUACUUUUGUUAGGAUAUCUGAAGAACUCAUAUGCUUUGCCUUUGCACCUAUAGAUGGUCAUCUGGCUGUCUUUGGGAACAUAGCUCAAAUGGAUUUCUUGGUUGGCUAUGAUCUUCAAGAAAGGAAGGUCUACUUCAAGCCAGCUGAUUGCUCUAAAUAUUAGUUUUUAUGUGUUGAAAAUAACAUGAUAUGUGUCUUUAGAACACAAUGUUUAUAAUAAUGUUAUUCUGAUUAAAA